UUUCCCACACACUCUCUCUACCCUUCUCUCCGAGUUUUUCUUCUCUCAUUCUCUCUCUCCCUAGCUUUUCAGCUCCUGAUUCACAUUGUUCUUUUGACUUUCUGCUGAACUCUGCCAGAGAUGUCAAAAGCUGGAGCCAUAGAUCUCGCAUUGGGCGUGGGUGGAAAGAUUGAGAAAGCCGAAGUUCUCUCUGCUGUUGAGAAGUAUGAGAAGUAUCAUGUCUGUUAUGGAGGUGAAGAGGAAGAGAGGAAGUCUAACUAUACUGAUAUGGUCAAUAAAUACUAUGAUCUUGUCACCAGCUUUUAUGAAUUCGGUUGGGGAGAAUCUUUCCAUUUUGCUCCAAGAUUGAAAGGGGAAUCACUUCGGGAGAGCAUCAAGCGACAUGAGCACUUUCUUGCCUUGCAACUUGGUCUGAAGCCUGGACAAAAGGUUUUAGAUGUUGGUUGUGGAAUUGGGGGACCACUAAGAGAAAUUUCUCGUUUCAGCUUGACAUCAAUUACAGGGUUGAACAACAAUGAGUACCAAAUAACUAGAGGAAAGGAACUCAAUCGCAUAUCCGGUUUGGACAAGACUUGCAACUUUGUGAAGGCUGACUUUAUGAAAAUGACAUUCCCAGACAAUUCUUUUGAUGCAGUAUAUGCAAUUGAAGCUACUUGCCAUGCACCAGAUGCGUAUGGAUGCUAUAAGGAGAUUUAUAGAGUGCUGAAGCCUGGUCAAUGUUUUGCUGCAUAUGAAUGGUGCAUGACUAGUUCCUUUGAUCCUAGUAACCAAGAGCAUCAAAGGAUAAAGGCAGAAAUUGAGCUUGGCGAUGGGCUCCCUGACAUCAGAUUGACUACAAAGUGUCUUGAAGCUCUGAAGGAAGCAGGUUUUGAGGUCAUAUGGGACAAAGAUUUGGCUGAGGACUCUCCUAUUCCUUGGUAUUUGCCUUUGGAUAAAGAUCACUUCUCGCUGAGCAGUUUCCGUCUAACAGCUGUUGGUCGACUAUUCACAAGAAACAUGGUUAAGACUCUUGAGUAUGUUGGGCUGGCACCCAAGGGAAGUGUCAGGGUUCAAGACUUUUUAGAAAAGGCUGCAGAGGGACUAGUUGAAGGUGGAAAGAAGGAGAUCUUCACGCCAAUGUAUUUCUUUUUGGCAAGGAAGCCUGCGGAUUCAGACCACUAAUAAGGAUUAGUGUUCACAGCGCCGCAAAAUUCAGGAGCUUUGGGUGGUAUAAUUGUAUUUUAGGUUGCCUUCUUAUUGGACGUUGGCCAAUGUGAGUUUGGCUGUAGUUUUGAAUUGCCUUGUGUGUGUGUGUGUGUAGUUUUGCUUGAGCAUAUGGUGGUAGUCUCCUUCAUUUGCUAAAGCCUACAAUACAAUCCCAUAUGGUGAAUGAAUUUUUCUUUGGCCAUUUCA